AUUGAUUUGAUUCUUCACCAUUUGCUUCUCUGUAUCUUCCAUCAUUCCAAAUCUAAGUAUUAGGAAAAGUAUGAUUUGUGUGUUUGAGUUUACAGAGUUUUUGCAAACAUUUAUGUAUAUAUAACCACGUUCACAACUUUGACGAAAAUCUUGUACAAUUCUACACAUUAGAAUCUAUUACAAUCUCUUAUUUUAUAUCUUCCUUUGUACAUAAGAAUCUUGAUUGUGUGGUUUCUAAGUAGUCACAAAAUAAAGUUAUUCUUUGUUAUCACUCUAGCAUCAGAAUAACUCCUACCAUAUCCUAACAUAGAUUUAAUUGACAAUGCAUCUUAUAUAUAUAUGACCACACAAGUCUCUUGGUUUCUGAUAUCUCAUCCCUGUCUCAACGAUGCCCAGUUUCAGUUUCCUCGACCUGCAGUACAAUCUGUCAAAAAAGAAGUUGUUGAAGAAGCCUUGAGGAUGUUCUUGUUGUCAAUUGAAACAUAAAAAUGAAUAUAACAAUAUCUCAUAUCGGUGUACACAAAAAACUUAAUCUAUUAUAUAAGUUUCUUGGACCUCUACUCCUAUCACCAAUUGGUUUUAGGAUGGAACCCAUGAAUUUCUAUCGGUUCUCUCGGGACAGGCAGCCUGUCUACAUGCCGACUGUAGACGAGCUGAAGCAAGUUUUCAACAAGUUCGAUUCCAACAGAGAUGGGAAGAUAUCUCCUGAGGAGUACCAGGCUAUACUGAAGGCCUUGGGGAAGAGGAAUCUGGUGAGGAUCGAAGUGCAGAAGAUAUUCGAGGUUGCAGAUUUGGACAGGGAUGGUUUCAUCGACUUCAACGAGUUUGUGGAGAUGCAGAAAAAGGAUGGUGGGGUGAAGACUGGGGAUCUGCACCGUGCUUUCCAGGACUUUGACAAGGAUAACAAUGGGAAGAUCACGGUGGAGGAGGUGUACGAGCUGCUGCGGAGGCUUGGGGAGAGAUGCAGCCUACAAGACUGCCAGAAAAUGGUCCGAGCUGUGGAUGCCAAUGGCGAUGGUGCGAUCGACUCGGAUGAGUUCAUCACUAUGAUGACUCGAACCAUGAUUAGAUACUAAUCUAAGCAUUAAAGCUAGUUAGCAGUGGUCGCUGCAAGACCAUUUACCAUCCUUGAUUUUUUCUCUCUCAAUCAAAUCCCUCCCAACAAUUCCGGACAUGAUCUUGAUGGCAUUGGGACACGAAGCUUCUUGAUGAUCCGCCGAGUCUGCCUCAGACCACUGCCUGCUCUUUCGCCUCCUGAUCAAUGUCGUGAAAAAUGCAUCUUGUGUCGAGCACGCAUGCCUGAAGAUGGUUCGCAGCUGCGUCAUCCUGGUAGAGAGUAGGGCUACGGAACUCCAGUAUCCGGUUUCUCCCCGCGAGUGUGUUGAGCCAUGAAUUCUUCUUUGGAGGAGGGGUCGGGAUCUUGUUGCGACUGACCAACAACUCCUCACCGUGAUCUUCAAGCUCGUAGGUUCGAAUGGGAGCGACUGUAUAUACUCCCGAGCCUUGGCUAGAUGGCCCGACUUACCAAGAACACCUAAAGCCCCACAUAAUGAGAGUCUUGAUCGAAUCAAGAUAUAAGAAUCCCUCUUCAAUAUAGCAUCACAAGCUUCCAACAAUGGCAAAACCAUCAUCACCAUGGCCAUUAGAUGCAUAACCAUUGAUCAUCAAGUGCCAAGAGUCCAUAUGAUCAAAAACUUUUCUUGCAUCCUUCAUACUUGUAAAAACUCUUCUUGCCAAGAAUCCACUGAUUAACGUUAUCUCUCACCAAAUUUGGGAUCAAAUCUCCGGGAAUGAAGGAGGUGGAGAGAGCUCUGAUCGCCGGAUUAGGAUUUUGGAAAUUGAAGUGAAAUGGGGAGAAGUGGCAGAAUGGGAGAAUCGAGCUCGGAAAAUGGAUGGCAACGUCGACAGCAUUUUUGGCGGUGGAAAUGGAAGGGUUAAACCAUAGUCCAGAUUAGCAGGUGAGUGAUAAACCCUACUGAAAAAUCGUAGUGGUGAAAUCGUAUAAUUCCAACUUUUUAUUCGGGUCCUAAAAUGGCCGCUUCGGGUAAGAAUCUACAGGCCCAACUAUAAAUAUUACUACGUAUUAUAGUUUAGGCCCAAAUUUCUAGCUUUUACGAUAAUUUAUAUAGGGAGUUAUUUUUUGUCCACUAACUAGGUUUGUGCAGGUAGGUGUUAGACCAUCCGCAGCGGUGAGCAGCAUGCUCAGCGCCGUCCUUGCCGCUGGCAAGGACGGAGCUCGUCCGUUGAUGCGCCCUGCCGCUGGCAGGGUGGUGCUCUUAGCUAAGAGCACGUCCGUGCCAGCGGCAAGAGCACGAGGUGGCGACGUGGCAGCUUCUGAU